AUGGUAUCAAUUUUAGCAACAGCGUUAACAACAUCAACAACAAUGCCUUCACAAUUACAGCAACACCACCACGAUAACGGCAUCGAUGAUGAAAUUGUUACCAAACAAUCUUCAAAUACUAUCAUGGAAAUUACUAUGAAUAAUGCCAAACAUGCCCGUCACUUUAACAAUCACGAUCCGCAAAAACACCACCAUAACGUAUCAUCAAGAAGAAAUAGUGAAGACGAGGACACGAUGAUUGUGGAAGUUGAAAACAAAAACAUUUCUAAUAAUGUCAAUAACGAAAUCGUACUUGACGAUGAUAGCGAAGGGAAUAUUAUUAACUGUCAAAGCAACACCAACGAUAACCGACAUAAAAAUAAUAAUCAUCAACAACGAUCAUCCUCAAGAAUCUCGACUUCAUUCCCACGAAGGAAAACUUCCGUGUUGGAUAUCUCAUCUUUAUUGUGUGAAUUACCUUCGGCCUCAGCAAAAUCUCCCGUUUAUGAUUCUGCCUCCGUUGAGGAAGAUAGUAUGGACGAUGUUUCAAGUCCAAGUCAUUUAGGUGAUACCGAAUCGUUGGGAUCAUCUCGUUCGUUCCAUAAAAGUCGUGCUAAUUCAUCGACCCAGGCGACGACCCCCCCAUAUUCUCCACCCGGCAUAUCGACAACAAUGACGACUGAUCGAGAGAAGCAACGCUUAUUUAACAAUAACAAUAAUAGUUCGUCGGACGUUGUAGUAGGUAACCUUGAACUGUCACAGCAUGAUCAAACACAACAUUAUUUCAAUGAUAAUAACAACUCAAGUAAUCACCAUCGACAACAACAUCAAGAUGAUGAGAGAUAUGUGGGUCAAGGCAGAUUUCAUGAUGAUGUCCCUUGGAAACGACCAUGCAUGAUGGGACAAGAUCAUGGUUCAAGGCCCGUCUUACCACCAAUCAGGAGUUUUACAGAUCUAAGAUCCGAUAAUAACAACAAUAACAAUAAUGAAGAUUCCAACGGGCAAUUCAUUCAAUCACCUUCUGCCGAUCAUGGGAAAAUCAAUUCGCAGGUCGACCAUCAUUCUUCCCAAAAAUCGUGGAAUCAUUUAGAACAAUUUGCGGCUAUUUCCGAGGCUUAUCGUACAAAUUCUUCACACGCAGACAUAAUGGAUACUGUUUCUUCUUCCACCGCGCGUCUGCCACCUGCAUCUUCACUGACAACGCAACGUCAUCACUCACUUGAAAGUAAUCAUCGUAACUUUCAAAAUAAUAACAAUAGUAAUGCGAGUUUAUUUCAAAAUGCCUCCCCAAGGAACGAUCAUCCAUCGCUCGUUUCACCUGACAACUCUUACCAUCAUCAUCAAAGUAACAUAUCACCGUAUGGUUAUGAGAGAGGACAUUACGUUGCAGCUCAUCAGCAACCGAGACCGUCAUCUUAUGCUAAAAGAAAGCGUGCUAAUGCGAAUCAGUUAAAAGUUCUCAACCAAGUAUUUCAGCAUACGUUCUUCCCUUCGACCGAGUUACGUAUUCAACUGGGAAAACAAUUGGGAAUGUCACCGCGUACAGUUCAAAUUUGGUUCCAGAAUAAGAGACAAAGUUGGCGCAGCAAGUCACGAGCCACGAACAAUUCCCUCCUUAAUAACAAUAAGGAUGAUGAUGGUCAAUUGGAUGACAAUAGCAACCUUGAUGUUGAAGCUAAUGGAGCCGGAAACAAUGAAAAUUUAGUUUCUCGAAGGUCUAGUAAUUCAAGUUUGAGUUGUUCAGAUGAUGAUGAAACGUGUCGAAGAUCAAUUCCUGAUUCACCUUUGGAUGUUUCUUAUCCUCGUGGUGAUUAUUUUACUUCAAAAAGAUCUCAAAUGAAUAAUAGCGCCGAAAAUGUUAGUAUGGCUUCAAAUGGGGACGUUUCUUCCGCACAAAAUUCUUACAUGGCGCAACAUUCUGCCGAUAAUGGGGGAGAAUAUUACAAUCAUCGAUCAAAUAGUAAUGGAGUUCACGUGAUAACUGGAUCUUUGCAUCAUGGUGCUUCCGGCGUAUUGACACCAACCUCUCCAUUGCCACCACCUUCUUCUUUAACAAACCAAUUACCGUCACCUGUAUACUCGGCUUCCUCAACAACGACAGUCAGUAAUGAACGGUUGCCCGCUUUUGCUUCUUCAUUCGCCCAGACGUAUAAUCAAAACACCACUUCAACAUCAUCUAGUGCCAACAAUGGUUACGACGCGUUUGCAAAUAAUAGGUUACCCACUCCAAUAAUGGCCAAUCGACAUCAACCAUCAUCUUUUGGAUAUCAAUCAACUGUGAGCAGCGGUAUCUAA